CUUUCUUGGAAGUAAAAUGGUGACGAAAUGUAAAACGGCUGAAAGUUGUUGUCACGUUGUAGCAUUGUAAACUAACUUCGGAUGGUGAUUUUUAGUUAUGUCGAAUAAUUUGGUUAAAGUUAACUCCGCUCAGAGUGACACCUCUAUUAAAAGCCUUUUUUCUGCUUUGAAUCUUCUAGUUAAACCAGCAGAACAAGGCAGUACAGGAGAGCUGAAUGACAUUUUGGAACUCAACGUGAGAUGUGCUCUUAAGGAGUUGAAGAUUGAGAACCUUUCAAAUUUGGCGACCCUCAAGUCCAUAAAAUGUCCGGUGUUGCUUAGCAGCAGUGUCCGGUGGCGAUUCGUGUGCGUGUCGCUGCACGUCCUCCUGCAGCUGAAGAGGUCGCUGGGCCAGCGGGCGAGGCUGGGCGCGGCGGAGGUGAAGCCGGAGCGGCCGCGGCAGCAGCCGCCCCCGGACGUGCUGAGCGUGGCCCAGCAGAAGCUGAUCCGCACCUGCCUGCAGUUCGUGGUGUCCAUCGGCCUGCUGCCGAGCCUGCUGCCCGGCGUGGGCAUCUCGCUGGCCGCUCGCUGCACCAGCGCGCACAACCUCAAGGAGGAGGAGCUCCUCGUCCUGGAGAAGUACGAGCGGCUGUCGAGCGUGACGCGUGGGCUGGUGGCCUGCUGCGAGCAGCCCACGCUGCACAGCCUGGUGCUGGCGCAGCACCUCGGCGACCUUAUGGCCGCACUCGCCCAGCUCAGCUUCGUGCCGCUCAAGCGGCCGGAGGAGGGGGCCGGUGACGAGGGCCGCUGGGAGCGCCUGCAGGGCGAGCGCAAGCAGUUCCAGAAGUGCUUCCUGUCGUUCGUGGCCCAGGUCUACCAGCCGUACAUCAUCCGCGAGCUGCUGCUGCUGCGCGGCUCCCCGGAGGUCAUCGGGAUAGCGCGAGUGCCGCCACCCUCGUGGCUGAAGCGCGUGUGCGUGCAGCAGCUGGUGUACUGCCUGACGCGGCCGGGCGGGGUGGGCGCGCUCGCCGCCGCCAUCCUCGACUCGGGCCCCGACUCGGCCAGCGACUGGAGCAAGCAGGACACGGUGGCGCGCCUCGUCACGCACGUGCACACGCUCAACGCCGAGCAGUACUUCAGCAACGUCUGCGCCCAGCUCAUUCAACUGCUGAACGCUGACGGGAAAGCCCAUGCAGAACGCUACAGUAGUGUCGCGGUCCUGUGCAUCAAGACUCUGUACGAGAAGAAGCCCCUGAUGUGCAUGCGCUACAUCCUGGACGUGAUGAUGCGACCGCUGCUGCUCAGCUGCGACGUCUCCGGCCACGGCCCGGUGUUCUACCGCGAAGUGGAGCUGCUCACCCAGAAGAUCGCCAAGCUGAACGACCCCCAGUUCAUCCCGAGCGUGGACGCCUUGACGGAGGACCCCUCGGGGAGGCUGGACGUCGCAGUCAUCGCCACGGAGGAGGAGGUGUCGCGCUGCGUCGCCAUGCUUCACCGGUGCUUCGUCGCCCCCCAGAGCGAGAUGUCCUCCCUGCCGGCCGACCUGCUCGCGCCCGUCGCCUCCCCGCUCUUCCGCCUGCACCAGAAGAUCUACUCGAGCGCGUCCAGCCUGAAGAGGCCCGUCCAGGAGCUGCUGCUCAAGUUCGUGUCCGGCAGCAGCCAGCUGUCGAUGAGAGACAUCUACGGGGCGUUCCUGUUCCGGGACCGGGCGGAGGGGAUGCUGGACGUCAGCGACAAGGUGGAGUUUGCGUUUGGGCCCUCGGGCGGGGUGCUGCUGCAGCUGCACACCGAGGACGUGGACACGCUGGUGAUGUUCGAGCAGGCGGGCGACUGCCUCCUGGAGCUCUUGAGCGUCGGGGACGCCGGCGGGGACCUGGCCAACAGCCUGUUCGUCUCCUUGCUGCUCGUCCUCACGCAGAAGCCGGACCUGCCGUUCGACGGCGGCGUCGCCUGCGACCCGCCCGACACGGACCGCUUCAUCUCCAGCAUCGUCGGCCACUCGGAUCGGAGCGUGGUGGCCAUCCGCCUGCUGGCCACGCUGGCGGAGAGCCCUGCCAUCCAGGAGCGGAUCGUCAAGGACCCCACGCACGUCAUCCACUUCAUCCGGCACAUGCUCGAGAAGGACGCCAGCUUCCUGCUGAAGGGCGAGGAAGAAGGUCCUGACUCCAGCGUGGACCUCGAGAGCCUGUUCGUGGUGCUGAUGGUCCUCAGCGUGAUGAUCAGUGACCCGGGCCCCACCGACGCCAAGUGGGAGCCCUUCAAGGAGCUGAUCAAGCCGCUCAAGAUAAUCCGACAGAACGUGACCAACCAGGACCUGAAGAAGUUUGCGGACAAGCUGUACGACACGCUGGUCACCCACGGGGUGGUCAAGGAGCCGGCGGUCAAGGGCUCCCAGAAGCCGAAGGGCCGCUCCAAAGAGCCGAAGAAGGCGAAGGGCAAAGGUGACAAGCCCAAGUCGGCGAGGUCGAACGUGGAGGGCGAGGGGGGGCAGCCGCCCGCCGUCUCGGAGCAAGACACCUUCCACGGUCGUGUGGAGGAGGAUGAGGACGAGGAGGAUGGCGGGGAGGGCAGCUCCGAAGGACCUGGGGCGCGCCUCGACUGGAAGAAGCAGAGCCGGUACGAGCAGGCACUGUUCGAAGUGUGCGACCCUCUGCUGCCGGUCAGGGGCCACGCGCUCCAAGAGCUGAUCAAGCUAGUCAAGGAAGGCGACAUAGAAGCCCUCUGCAACAAGAAGCAUAUCGUGUCCAUUUUACAGGAAAACAUCAGACAUGAAGACUCGUACAUAUACUUGACUGCUAUCAACGGCUUGGCGUACAUGGCCACGUACUUCCCGAACACGAUCCUGAAGACCCUGAUAGAGGAGUUCCGCGGCGUCCGAGGGAGGAAGCACGAGUCGGACGAAGAGCUCUCGGCCCUGAAGAUGAAACUGGGGGAAGUGCUGGUGCGCACCACCAAGCAGCUAGGUGAGAUUCUUCCCCACUACAAGGCCAUGCUGGUCGGAACGUUCCUGAACGGAACGAAGGACAACGAUCCUUUCAUCCGGUCGUCCAGCCUGUCCAACCUCGGUGAAGUCUGCAAAGUUCUGGGUUACAGAAUAGGACCUAUUAUAACAGAGAUUUUUGUGUGUGUGCGAAGCAUUGUGCAGUCUGACCAAUCCCCCGUCGUCCGCAGAGCAGCUGUCCUAGUCAUUACAUCGCUUCUGCAGGGCCUGGGUAAAGAUACUCUGACGUUCCUGGAGAACGCGCUCCUGGAGCUGUACAGGGUGCUGAAGGCGGUGCACCGCGCCGACCCGGAUGACACGGUCCGGCACCAUGCGCAGCUGGCGCUGGAGGAGCUGCAGAGGUCCACCCUCGACUUCCUGUUCCCCGAGCAGAAGCUCCAGAAGGAGUUGUUCAUCCUGAACGCCCCCCAGUCCUAAGUCGUCGGUAGUCGCGUCUCUUUUAGUUCCGUUUCACUCCAGAACGUUCAUUAUCGCUAUUAAUAUUUUUUAUAUGUAUGUAUUCAACACUUUCAGGACAGAGCUCGAGUGUUUGGUAGUGCUUUCCAGCCAAUGUGAGGCUAUAAUACCUUCCUGCCGUUCCGUCACGGCUACGUGCUCUGAGCGCACGAGUGACCAUUUUAAUGGCACGAAAAAAAAAAGAUGCAACCUUUUUGUUGCGAGCGGCAGCAGCGGGACUGCCGCAUCAGUUCAACACACACACCUGAGUAGGUAGCUUGUGCCUCGUAGUGCAGCGUUCCGCUAGGAACACAGGUUUCCUCACAUUGAAAAUAAUAAACCACUAUGUUUUCUGAAAAACAGACAUUCUGGGGUAGUUAAAAAUUUUAGAACAACUGCAUGUUGGUGAAAUGACCUCAAGUAUGCAGCUGAACGGUGAGCGUAAAUCCCAGGGGAAUGGGAAGAGGGGGCAGGGGUACUCAAGCCCCCCCCACUGAGAGAGUCCACUUGCUCUUCUUGCAAAAUCUUAACUAUGAAAUGGAAAUAAUAAAACGUAAAUUCGCAAGCCCCCAUGAGAAUCCAACAGAAUUUCGUCUCUGGAUGAACCUAUUGCAUUCCCUACAAUAAGUGCGUAAAGGAAUAAUAACCUUGCCAAAUCCAUUGUGAUGUUCGUGAGCGGGAGUAGUAGUGUCACUUUGAUUAGAAAGUGUUCAUAUUAGCUGGCACCCGUGCACUUUUUGGACAGCGAUUUUCCUUCAUUGUUUAUACGUUUGCUCCCAUUUUGUAAUGUUGCUGACUGUUCCAAGAUGUAUUUCGUAAUGUGGGACCGAAAUGAACAAAUUCCAUGUAGCGUACUUACAUGAUGAAAUGAGAAUACGGUAAGUUUACUGAAACAUUUUAGGAGUGGGAUAAAUGUUAGUCAGGCACAUUAAACACCAAACAGCUAGUCUUGAAAGUGUUAAUAGUCUCAAUUUUGAUUCAUUUGGAAGGUGAAAAGGAAUGUGUCGAACCAUAUCAUUGUUUACUAUGCCCUAUUUUAAGACUAUUUGAUUUUGUUUCGUUCAGGGGAGAAAUCAAGUCUUAAAAUAUUGCGUUUUUGAUAUAAAAUUGUUUUGUACAUAGGUAGUAGCAAUGUUUACAUCAGUUUGGUGUGAGCCCUGUGGAAAAGUAUAGCAUUUUGUGUACCAAUUUUUUUCUUUCUUCAAGCAGUUGCAUAUAGAUGGUCAUAAAGCUCGUACAAAAUGCAUUACCCAGAAUAAUUGUAUUUUGUUUAUUUAUGUUAUUUUUUAUUGGCUAUUACCAUAUUACUAAUAUAAUUAUGAUGGAUUUUGUAGCUUUUGAUGAUGACAUAGUGAUUGAAUCUUAGAAGAAACUAAUUGACUCCCAUUUCGUUCAUGCAUUUGCCCUACUAUUAAAAGAUUUUGUUGACAAAAGAGACUAUGUAAGCACUUGCCGUUUCAUUGAAAAUAUUGGUUGUAAUUUCCUUGUGCUUGAUUAAAAUGAUUACUGUUUCCUUAAAAUAUACCCACGGAAUUGGUCCAACGGAAAGUGAAGUGUCGAUGCAUGGUGUUGCUUAUGCGUAAUUAUUGUUAGUUUCUUUGUGCCUUUGUUUUGUUAUUGUUAUUUCAAAUUAUCAUUUAUGGCUUGGAUAGUUUUUUGAGACAUAUGUUCGGAACUACAGAAAAACCAGUUAGUGUAAACAUUAACAGAUGUUUUUGAUAAAAUUACAGUAUUUGUUACUGUAUUUUGGAUAAUACUUUGUACCACAUAUGAACAAAAAAAAUUGUAUCUUAAUGUGUGAAAUAUUAUAUUUUUUUCAAGUA